AAAGUUAAAUCCAAAAUCCAAUCCAUAAUCCGAAAAUCCAAACAAAAAAUAGAAAGAAAUACCGAUUUCGGUUUGGAUUUCCGGUUUGUACAAAGUAUGCCCACCCCUGCACUCAACACUGAAGCUGAACUACCUGAAUCGGGCGACACAAACUUCCGGUAUGGAGUCCAACGCCGAUACAGCCAACGGCGAGACUGUAAUUCUCAACUGUAUCGACCCGAACAGCUCCGGUCUACACGAAGAUAACGAAGAGAUUGUCAUUUCAACAGUUGAAGUCAGUCAAUGGAACUUAACAUCACUUGCUCAUCGCCCAAUCAUUAAAAUUAAAGCUAAUCGGCAAAGGCUCGUUCAGCAAUCUUCGUAUUUUCACGGACUAUUGUGUGGAAGCUUUAGUGAAUCUUGCUUCGACUCUAUAUCUGUUCAUUGGGACAUGGAGUCGCUUUUGAGCAUGUUGAGGUUUAUCUUCGGAUGUUCAUUGGAUUUUACUUCAGAGAACUUCCUUCCGUUGUAUGAGGCUGCAUUAUUUUUUGGAGUGGAAAAGCUUCUUUUGGUUUGUCGAAGUUGGCUGAAUGAUGUAACAUCAGAAGGCAGGAUUUGGCCUCCUCAAUUGCAUUUAGGAGAUUUGGUUCAUAUCUGGGAAUAUGGUAGAGAGAAUGAUUAACAUGGGAUAUCAUGCAGCAACUGAUUUUAUUCCACAAUUGAUUGAUUGUCUGGCGAGGAACUUUAUAUGGAUGACUUCCUGCGACUCCUUUCACAAUGUCCCUUUUGAAUUGUUGCUUUCCUGUGUAAAGCAUCCUUGUUUGACAGUAGAUAGCGAGAAACAUCUUUGUGAUGCUAUUCUACUAUGGCUUGCCGCUAACACCAUCCCAUAUGAUCUUUUGAACUCCACUGGGGAUGCUCACCUUGAAAUUUUAACUGAGAUCCGCACUAGCCUUUUGCCAUUGCCAUUUGCUGCGGGGAAACGGAGAUGCCCCCUCUUCUCAAAGUUUGCAGAAAGAAGUGUGGAUACUAUUCUUAGUUUAGCUACCUCCUCUUCCUUUAGCUUAGCAAACAUUCUUGGAGGUGACUUUAGUCAGCUCAGAAUCCGCUUGACUGAAUAUACUAAGAUAUUGGACCUUUCCGGCUGCCCACAAAUUAGCUUGCCUCUUCUUCUCCUGUCCAUGCUUCCUUUUUCCUAUAGUGUGGACACAAUGCUGACAAAGCAGCUUAAUCAGCUUUCCCUCAAACUUGAGCGCUCUAAUUUGGAUGUAUCUCGGAUUCCGUGGGAAACUUUUCCUGUUUUGACUUUUGAAGCAGUGGAAGUGGUGGACUUUUCAAAUUGUCCUAUGCUACAUCUUGAGGCUGCCAUUGAGUGCUUUUCCAAGUCAUUUCCAUCCCUAACAACAUUGAAAGCAGCUUAUACUUUGAACUUCAGAACAAUGAAGUUGUACCAAUUAUUACAGAGAUGCCCACUACUCUCAGACAUCAAUCUAACAGUGGAGAGUACUCCUGUGAUACCAGCAAAGGUGUCAGUUAUAUCUUCAUUCCCUGCUGUAAAGCUGCAGAUGUCAACAUCUUUCAAUGAAGAGACAUGUCCUGCUGUAUCAGCAUUUCAUUUUUCUAGGCGGCUUUCGAAUAUUACAAAACUCAUAUUGGAGGGUCGAACAGAUAUUAAAGAUUCGGAUCUCCACAAUAUUGCAGAGUGCUGCCCUUCCUUGUGUUGUAUUAACCUCAAUGCGUGUACUUCCAUAACGGAUUCUGGAAUAGCCGAUUUAGUAUUGAGACGUGUUGGCCUACAUUCAAUCUUUGCUUGUGAUACUUUGUUUGGUCACAAUUGUGUUCUGUCACUUUGUCGCGAUAUCUCCACAUUUGACGGUGUGGCAAUGAAAACUGAAAGGAACACAAAUUCAUUAGCUCACAAACUUCAAAUUUUGCAUAUAGGAGGCUGCAAAGGUAUCAGUGAGAUUUAUCUUUUGGAGCUUAUCUCUCAAACACAGAGAGUAAGAAGUCUUUGUUUGAGGGAAACUCAGCUUGACGACAAUUCGCUCUACAAAUUUUCAGGAUCGUCACUCGAGAUGCUUGAUGUAUCUGAUACUAAGGUUUCUUGCCAUGCAGUGGGUCAUGUUGUCCAGAGAAGUCCUCAUCUAAAGUGCUUGAUUGCCAGAGGCUGCAGGCAUCUAUUACAAGAGGAAAAUAAUAUCCUAGAGAACUCUCCCGCUUUGUCAUAUAACUGCCCUGUAUUGUAUUAUGAGCUUGGAAAGUCCUGCAAUUUGGAUGAAAUCUCACUUGGUUGGGGAUUCUCAUUCUUUUCAUUUGAGGCCCUGCGGCCAGCAAUCAAAAUGUUGAGGUCAUUUAUUGUUGGUUUAGGCGGAUCUUUAGGUGAAGACGGGCUCAAGCUGGUACCCACUUUUUGUCCUUUGCUAGAGACUUUGAUUCUUUAUUUCCAGGUAAUAUCUGAUUCUGUUGUAAGAAAUGUCUUGGAGACCUUAAAAAACUUGCAAGUGUUAGCUCUUUGCUAUUGCUUCGGUGAUAUCUCCUCUCUAAGCUUCCAGUUCAGUGCACCGUGUUUGAGGAAAUUGAAGCUUGAAAGAGUAACAUCACAGAUGACCGAUGAUGAUUUACUUACCCUUACUCAGAAUUGCAUGAACAUAACAGAGCUUUCGCUGGUGGGAUGCAGACGUCUUAUUUCAGAGUCACAAGAUACUAUUUCAAAUGGUUGGCCAGGGUUGAUCUCUCUUCAUUUAGAGGACUGUGGUGAAGUGACUGCCAAGGGUGUCACUUCGCUUAAGAAUUGUCAAGCACUUGAAGAUCUUUUAUUACGCCAUAAUGGCUGUGGAAUAGACAGAAAUUUUAUUAUCCAUGCCGCUUCAAGGAUGCCACUGCUUCGGAAGGUAGCACUUGAUGUUUGCGAUGCAAAGGAUGGUGACUUUGAUCUUCCAGAUUUUAACAGGCGCUCCUUAAGCAUUGUGAAAAUAGCAAGAUGCAAUCUAAAAAGGCGCACUUUAGAUUCCAUGAAAUCUGGGCGUUGCACUACUCCAGUGCAUGCAGAAACUUUGAUAUUGACACGGGACAGUGAGAAACUCUCGAGAACUGUUGUCAGGGAAAGAUUAUAGCAAUUAUAGCGAGAAAUGUUAAUAUGGCGACUUGAACGUAUGCACAUUUACUGGAAUGAAGCAAUGGGUAGCAAAGCGGUCAAGUCAUAUUGCUAGGCUCGUGGAGACUGCCUGAAAAUAUUGGGAGUUUGAGCUCCUAAUAUAAAGAGCUCUAAUGCAAUACUUGGUAUUCUUGGUCUGUUGUAACCUUUUCAUUAAGUUUGGUUUAACACAAAACGAGGAAACACAUUUGCACUUGUGAAACCAGCAUAUUAGAUGAGAAAGUAGAUUGACUUGUCUGCAUUUAACGUUCUUUUAUUUAUGGAAUUUAAUGGAAGAAGAAGAAUAGGCGGCAUGAGUUAGAAAAUGCUGUUCCCACCAUUGACAAAAAGAUAUGAUAUCUACCUCCUCAGUGUGCUUGCCUUUUCACUUCACUUUAAAUGGACCA